UGGUCGCUCUCAAGUAUGUCUGUACAUGAGCGGACACCCCUAGGUCCGUGUGCUCACAGUAAGCAGUCCAUCUCUCUCCCUGAUUGGACGGACGCGAGGCAGCGGUCGCCGUCGUGAUCCCCGUGUACAGCCGACGAGACACAAAUCAAACAACGAGUGGGCUGCAGCUCCCAACAGCAGGAUGGCCAAGGGCAGCGCCGCGUCCCCCGGCCACCUCAUGACGGAGGAGGGGGAGGGGCCGGCCGGGGGGUGCCCGGUGAGGGUGAAGGAGCUACCCCCGGGGGAGGAGGCCCGCCUGGUGACCCUGGGGUUCAAGGGCUACACAGGGCUGGUGCGCACACAGCCUGGGGGCAUGUUGAUGAAGGCCAGGUACAAGGAGAUGGCUCCGCGCUUCUACAACUUCGCCUUCCGCCCCGACGACAUCGUGGUGAUGACGUACCCGAAGUGUGGCACCACCUGGAUGCAGGAAAUUCUUUGGGGGAUGACUCACCUGGACGAACUUGACGAAGCAGACCGUCUUCCCAUAACCAAAAGGACCUAUUUUAUCGACAGUGACGCCCUCUACCAGCUGGAGGACCAGAUGAAAGACCGAUUCCUGAUGGAGAGAUUCCGCGCCCUCUGUCCCUCUGCUCGGCCCGAUCGCGGCAUCCUCCUGCAGUCGUGCGGCGCGCAGCCUCCUCAUCCCUCCAAGCCCAGGAUCAUUAAGACGCAUUUCCCCUUCUCGCUGUACCGGCCGGAUCUCCUGGACAGGUGUCGGGUGGUGUACGUGUGUCGCAACCCCAAGGACGCCUGCGUGUCCUACCACCACCACUGCCGCCUCAUCAACACCUACAAGUUCGAAGGGAGUUUCGAAACCUUCGCCGGAUGCUUCAUGGCGGGUGACGUCUUCUACGGCAGGUUCUGGGACCACGUGGCGGCUGCGUGGGAGCGGAGGCGCCAGCCCUCGUCUGCACUUCGUCUUUUACGAGGACCUCCAGCUCCGGGUCCCGCAACAGCUUCGGAGACACUCGCGGGGUUGGGUUCUCUGCGAUCUUUCGCUCUCCGCCAGAGGCAAUUAGUUACACGCAUAUUCAUUUCAGUGCGUUUUGCCCACUGGAAGGCCCUUCUCCGGCUCGAUGUCCGACUUGUAGAUACCUCAAGUUCCCUCCGACUCGCCAGGGGAGUCCAUACCCUACUCUCGGAAACUACACUCGCGCCAAGUCUUCUACUGCCCGCUUCUCUGCCACCCCGUGUCCUAUCCGACGUUGUCCCAACCGCUGCCUCGAGCGACCCGCGAGCGCUGGCCACCAUAGCAUGUCCAGUGGUCGCCAAUAGCACUCUCAGGAGGCUCUCCCCCAGGCACAGCAUGGUGUUAUCAGUCAAAAUAGGAGAGCUCUAUGAAGGAGCCCUUGGGUAUCAGUGA